AUGACUACUGUCAAGCCAAUUGUUGAGGAACGCCAACACCACUCAUGGGGUCUGUUGGUACAAGGACGCCCUGCUACUCCCUCUGAAGGAAGAGCUCAGCAAUAUACUAGGAUUGGAUGUAAGGACACGCAAUCCCUCAUUACUCAUAACAAUGGAACUUGCUUGGAAUUUGGCCCUUGGGACUUAGUUGACGAAUUUGAUGCAACCAAACCCUUUUAUCAGCAAGUACUUCUUAUAGAUACUACCAUCAAGGAUAUCCAAUCAGUUCGAAUCCGCCACAAUGAUCAAGUUGGUGAUGAGGUCGAUGUCUUCAAGGGCUUUAGGACCAUUCCAUACACAGGAGAGAUUCAUCAACAUGUUUACACGAACGGUGACACAUAUACUCAAGUACCGAGUUACUAUGCCAAUGUCUCGAAUACGGCAUCGAUGUACUCCACCACCAAUAAAUCCGACAUUAUUGGCGAGGCCCAUCCUGGUCUGUCAUCGGAUACCAGAUUUGGUGUCCUAGUACCAAAUCAAGGCCAAAACCAAGGACGUGGUGGCAAUUCGUACCGAGGCAGUGAUCGACAAAACGGCCGAAGCAACCAACAUUAUGGUGAGCGUGGGGGAUAUACCCAACAUCUAAACCGUCGUGGAAGACGUGACAUGCACUUUGGACGUGGACAGGGACGCGGCGAGGGACGUGGUGAUGGCCGUGGAAAUGUACGUGAAAGCGCACGCGGUGGAAGAAAUUUCGCGAGUGGUGGCAACCAUCACAAUACUAGCAGCGCACAAAAUGGUAAUCACCAGCAUCGGGAGGAUGAUUGUGAUGAGGAACGCUGGUGGGGCCAACCUGCACCUCGGGAGAUCCAAGAUGGCUACCAAGAAGAAGCCGAUCGCAGUUAUCCCGGCUACGAUGAAGAUGGGAGUCAAUAUUCCAGUUACAAACCUUACCACAAGGAUGAUCAUACGUACUUGGGACCAAAUGGGAAGGAGUUUCCACACCUUACGCCGACCCAUGGACAACAAGCACCAAUCUAUCCUGGGCUCGAAGAGGCGUAUCCUCUAAUCCUACCAUCUAACGUCGUAUUUAUGUCCUAUAACGGGCCUAUCAAUUCAUAUGUUCAUCCAGUUCCUAUAGAAGGAAACCGAUAUGGAUCCUCCGAUCUUUACCAAUCGAUGCAGAGAAGAGUUCCAUUACAUGACUACACAAGCAGUGGCGUGGUUUACUCGCCGGAACUAGAAAUGGAAAGCCAUGUCGGUGGCCAUUCUCCUUAUUUCGUACCUGGUCAUGAUAUUGGGGUUGAUGUUUCGAUGAGAUCAGAUAAUGGUCGUGACGCGACUAAUCCACGUCCUCGAGUAGUUUUACCUCCCGCUACUCCAGGCAGCCAAACAUACAUCAGCUCCUCGGAUGGGCAUGAGGGGCAAUUGCGCGCAAACGUGUAUCCCCCAACGCCAUUCGGACCUUCUGUUGGCCGUUCUCCCAUGAGAACUACGACGAGUGAAGGUUCUCCACUGAUGCGCCCUCGUCGUCACGCAACUGAUCCACACAUGACAUUCGCCCCUUUGACACAUGCUCGUACAACAUCAGGAUCAGGUACAGAUUUACGUCGUUUGGCGACGGGUAAUUCUGGAUUUGCAAUUGCAGAGCCAAGAAGUUCGCCAAGCGCCAGUGUAUUCUCUCCACGGUCAGCCUCACCACGCAAUGCAAAUAUGGACGCGCUUACAGCCAGAAGCUCUCCUGGUUUAUCAUUCUCGAAUCCGAGUGCGGUUGGUGGCCCUAUGACAAGAAAUGCAUCCUCUCAUGAGCUCAAAUAUGCUGGAUAUUCAAACCCAGGAAAAUCCAUCCCAUCAUUGGGUUUAGUCUCACGUACUUCAACUCCACUCGCCAAUUCCGGUCGUCGUUGGUUUGAAUCCAGACAAUUUGUUCCAGACGGAAGCAGAUCGUCAUCCCCUGGUAUCGCUAGUCCUUGUCAGAACAUUCGUAUCCGGGUAGAAUCUAGGUCCGAAGAUGGACAAAUGUGA